AUGGCCCUGCCCGUCACAGCGGCAAAGGAUUUCAUUUCAGGACCACGCGUCGCACAGGCUGCCCGCAAACUUCUGGAUUCGUGUCCCUUGCCGCAGCUUUGUGAGGCCUUGGCCACCGCUUCAGCAGAGGAUGCUGAGCCGUUGGUUUCCGCGUUGGAAGGGCUGAGCGAGAUUGAAGAGGUGAGGGCCUUGUUCUUGGGCGAUGGCGUUGCCGACUUUCUGACCAGGGGAGCUUCAGCAACAGAACCACGGUUGCGGCUGACCGUGGCCAAGCUGCUGGCCCACUUGGCGUCAGGUGGAGAGGCCUCUGUGGGCAGGUUGCUUGAUGCAGGCCUUUUCAACUUGUGUGAACCCUUACUGUUGGAUGAAGAGACGGGUGUAGCUGAGACGGCAGCCAAGGCAGUCCGUGCUGGAGUUGCAGUCCCUCCCGGGCAGCAGGCGCUUGUUGCCUCUUCUGGAAGCUUGACGGAAGUAUUGCUUCGACGUCUCCCUGAGUUGCCUGAUGUGCAACGGAUCCGCGUUUUGGCUCUUUUCGUCCAGCUUGGCCGAGUCGCAGAGAUCUUCCCAUUGUUGGAGCAGCAAGGGGCAUUCGAGAAGGUGCUGGGUUCCUUCUUGACUGACGACCUGCUGUUGAAGCUUAAUGCUGUUGAGCUCAUGGAUGCGCUUGGAUCCUACGAGCUUGGUCAGGAGUUCCUGGCACGGUCCAAUGUUCCGCAGAAGCUCGAGGCUGACUUGCUGGACCCAUACUGUGAUGGCUCUGUGCGACUUUGCGUCACGAGACUUCUUGGCUUCAUUGCAGGCCGCAGUGCAGCCGCUGCGGAGCAGCUAUUGCGUAGCCAUGAGGCCCCUUUUCCGCAGUCCAUUGCUGGCUUGCUCGACAGCCGUGAUGUUGCAGCCAGGCUGUGUGCCAUCCAUGCCUGGGCAACAGCAAUGUUGCAGACGAAAGGCCUUGGAUUCUUCUUGCGGUGGAAACCCAUGCUGCAGGAGAUGGUGUCACUGAUCAGUGCAACCCAGAAUGAGAUUGCAAAAGGUGCGAUGGAUGCUUGGGCCAUUGUUUUGGAGGUUAGAGCACCAGAAGAUCAAGAUGUUGAGCUCCACAGCGGCUCUUUAGCCAUGGGGUUCACUAAAGCCGUGGCCAAAGAGGCUCCGGAGAGUUACAAACAGUAUUACUUGCCCUUCGGCCAUAUGAGGAAAUAUGACGAGUUGAAAGAACUUGUUGCCACGCUGGCCCGACAAGAGCCAGAGAGAAGGAGCCGGCUAAUGUCGGCAGACUUCAUGGAGAUGCCCAACCAGCCGAUUGGCCAAUUUCAAGAAAUUCUUCGUGCAGAGCUGAAGAAGGUGAAUCAGUUUGCCUGCGUGAAGCAUGAAGAUGUGUUCUUGGGCUUGCGAAGACUGUGUGCAUCAUGCAAGCGGCUUUCCCCAGAAGAAGUGGAACCUAUGGCGAAGAAGAUCCGUGGUUUGGGUGAAGAGAUUGUCCAUUUGGAUACGUAUGUCAGAUUGAACUACAUGGGUUUUCAGAUGCUCACGGAGAAGUUUGAUGCUUGCUUGGGAACUUCUGGCAGCCCGCUCUUCGUGUCAGGUCUCCACUGCGAACCUUUUUGCAAUAUUCGUUUCGAUGAUAUCCUGAUUUUGCUUGGUUUGGCAUGGGCGCGCUGGCGUUCAGCCCAAGCACCGGCGGAACAGUCAAAGGAUGCGACGUGGAAACCGCCGGAGAGCUUCAUCAGGAACACUUCGAAAUACUGGGUUCAGCCCGACAAAGUGGUGCUUCUGAAAACACGGAUUGUGGAGCAUUUACCGUAUUUGAUUUUUGGAGCCUCACAGUCGGAGCAAGAAAAGCUUUUAGAACCGUUUGCUCUUCUGGAUCUUGAGUAUAGUGGGGGCAUGGACAGCCAAGCCAUGAAUGCAUACGCGGGCACCAUGGAAGAAUCUCAAUUGUUGAGCUCGGUCUACUUCGACAGCCCGGACGCUAUUAGCUACCAGGAGCGGAUCAGGCGAGAAGAAGGGGCACGAUUGGUGAGGUUUCGAUGGUAUGGCGAGAACAACCAGGAAGAUGACAAAGAGAUAUACAUAGAGAGGAAGAUUCAUCACGAAGGAUGGGGAGGCGCGAAAUCUGCAAAGGAAAGAUGUGUACUUCCACAGUCCGAUGUGUUCGAUUUCAUGAAGGGCAAGUUCGACAUCGAGGCCUAUUUUGCAAAGUUGGCUGCCAAUGGCACCAAGGAGAAGACCAUCAAAGGAAUGAAACCUAUUGCGAUUGAGGUCAACAAAAUGAUUCAAGAAAAGAAGCUGCAGCCAAUUAUUCGAACAUCAUACUACAGAUGUGCGUUCCAGCUGGCAACUGACAACAAAGUGCGCAUUUCACUGGACACCCAGAUGUCGCUGCUGAAUGAAUACCAGGCGAAUGGUCAUCCAAACAAACCAUGGUGCCUUGUUGGGACUGACACCUUGCAGAGAGACGACAUCUAUCGGUUUCCGUAUGCCAUCCUGGAAAUCAAACUCCAGGAUGUGUCAGAAGCACCGCUCUGGCUCCGGCAAACACUCAAUGAUAUUGGGGCUAUCCAAGUCCACAAGUUUUCGAAGUUCCAGCAUGCGAUGGCCUUCCUCCAUCCGCAGCGAGUGCCCAUUCUGCCUCAUUGGCAUCAAGACUUCGAUGAAUGGCACAAAGCCAAGGAGGAAAGGAAGCUGCGUGUAGGCAAAGGCAACCUGUCCGCAAUGCUUCGAAGUGAGCCUGCAGUUGACGACCUUGCUGUGCCCAAUGUGUCGAAGAUCGUGGCACCUCAUGGUGAAGGACACUUCCUGAAGGACAUGGAAAAUCUAGAUCCCAAAGCUGUCUUUGCCAACGAGCGGACUUUGCUGCACUAUGCUGAGAAAGGCAUGUAUGUGGCUGCUGUAGCUGUGGUAGUUCUGCACCAAGGAGGCCGUUACAAGGUCCUUGGUGGGCUGCUAGUGGCGAUGACAGCAGUAUACUAUGUUUGGAUAUUGGUGGCCUACUUUCAGCGGCUUGAUGAGAUCAAAGGACGCUCAAAGGUGGUGAAGAACCGCGAAGCAAGACUUGAUUGGAGCAUCGGGCCGUUGCUGGCAGCCACCAUGGUCUCCGUGGUCCUGGGAUUCUCCUUGUACAAGGGUUGGCACGGCCUUUUGCAGCGUCAUGAGCUGGCGUGA